AUGAGGAAGUCGGAGAAUAGCCGAAAGCAUGGGAUUGCACCACCGUGUGCCGCUUGCAAGCUUCUCCGGCGGAGAUGUGCAGAGGACUGUGUGUUUGCGCCUUAUUUUCCGGCAGACGAGCCCCACAAGUUUGCUAGUGUGCAUAAGGUCUUUGGCGCUAGCAAUGUCAACAAAAUGCUCCAGGAGUUGCCUGAACAUCAAAGAGGGGAUGCUGUGAGCUCAAUGGUAUACGAAGCUAAUGCUCGGGUAAGGGACCCGGUUUACGGUUGUGUGGGCGCCAUAUCAUCUCUACAGAACCAAAUCGACACUUUACAGACUCAACUAGCACUUGCACAGGCAGAGGUCGUGCAGAUGCGCAUGCGCCAGUUCUCAUAUAAUUCGCCCGAAAAUACCUCCCCCUCUUCUAGGGGCGAGCUGUCUUACCGGGCUGGACCCCACUUUAACAUGGACAUGGAGAUGAUGGUUGAUCAUGCUAGCAUGGACAACUCGUUUUGGCACUAA